AUGGCCGGAGGCAUGUCGUUGGAUCAUCCACGGGCAUUUGUUUUCGGUAUCUUAGGCAAUGCCAUUUCCUUCAUGGUGUACCUCGCACCAGUGCCAACAUUUUAUCGAAUUCAUCGAAAGAAAUCGACCGAAGGGUUCCAAUCUGUGCCUUACGUGGUGGCGCUAUUCAGCGCUAUGCUUUGGAUGUUCUAUGCGUUGAUCAAAAGAAAUGCUCAUCUCCUAAUCACCAUCAACUCCUUCGGAUGUGUUAUUGAAACUACUUACAUUAUCAUUUUCCUAAUUUAUGCCUCUAAGAAGGCUAGGGCACACACAAUCAAGAUGGUCGCGCUCCUAAACAUGGGGUUAUUAUCUUUGAUAAUUCUAUGCGUUCUUCUCAUCUCUAGUGCCUCACUUCGCCUCAAAGUUCUUGGUUGGAUCUGUGUUGCUUUCUCUGUUGCGGUCUUCGUUGCUCCUCUAAGCAUAAUAAGGGAGGUCAUUCGUACCAGAACUGUGGAGUUCAUGCCAUUCAAUUUGUCCUUAUCCCUCUCAUUAAGCGCAGUGAUGUGGUUCGCAUUUGGUCUCUUCUCUAAAGACAUUUAUGUUGCGCUUCCAAACGUAUUAGGAUUCACAUUUGGUGUGGCUCAAAUGUUGCUAUACAUCAUCUACAAAGAUGCCAAGGUUCCUAAGAGCUUGGAAGUGGAGGAAAAUACACAAAUGAAAGAGAUUACUUCGAUGGAGAUUAUUGUUGUCGAUGGUGCGGCUGCCGAAUUGACGAUCGCUGAUGAGGCGGAAAAAAGAAAUGAGAUUGAGAAAGAUAAUAUUCGUGACAGGGCGGACGUUGAAAUGAGUUCAAAGUACAUAUCUCACAACAAUUGGCGCCAUCUGGGGGAAGAUCCAUACUUCUUGGCUAGAGUUGUCCGCGUAAAGGUGUUUGUGGCCAGCGACGAAGAAGAGGAGUUUGGCAUUCACAAACAAAGGAGCCGGAUCAGAUCGCGCCGCAGGCAACCGAAUCACGACAGAUUUGGUUGCCAGCAGAGGAUUUCGGAGCAGGAGUUCAGUCUUGCGAGCAGCUCGGCCAGAGGGAAGAGGUGGAGAUCGCGCAUUGCGAAGCAGGAGGACCUAAGUAGUUUGGCGAGGCGCGACGGCUCUGGAGAGGCAGUUAUUCUCGUGUGA